ACUGAUAUUUGCAGCUGAAGCCUGUCUGUGUGUCUGGAAGCUUCAUGAGGAUGUUCUCUGGAAUCUAACAGCAACACUGGGCUCGUGCAGGACGACAUGCUGACUUUUGAUAAGCCGCCCUCCACGCAGACCAGCAGUCCCUUCAGGACCAGCUGGACCACUAACCAAUUAACGAAAGCAGUGAAGCCCGAGCCUGGCAGAGCCCCGGAGGACACGGCCGAGUCCAGGAGAGAGGACUGCGGAGAGGAGGAAGAGGAGGAAGGGGAAGAGGAGGAGGAACAAGCGGGCGGCCUAAGACGAAGAGAUUCACAUAAGAAGAAGCUGAGCCAGGCCCGACUGGACCGUGUCCGGCUGCGGCGCAUCGAGGCCAACGCGCGCGAGAGGAACCGGAUGCACGGUCUGAACAAGGCGCUGGACAGUCUGCGGAAGGUGGUCCCAUGCUACUCCAAGACGCAGAAACUGUCCAAAAUCGAGACGCUCCGCCUGGCCAAAAACUACAUCUGGGCCCUCAGUGAGAUCCUGAGCACCGGGAAGAGGCCCGACCUGCUCACGUUCGUGCAUACUCUGUGUAAGGGUCUGUCCCAGCCCACCACCAACCUGGUGGCCGGCUGUCUGCAACUCAGCUCCCGCAGCUUUCUGUCGGAACCUGGCGGGGACUCGUUCUCCCGGUACCCCGCCUAUCAGCACCCCGGGAUGGAGACGGUGGGUCCUGGCUCGGCGGACAGACCCAUGCGCCCCUUCGGCUCUGUGUUCGGUCCCUAUGAUGCUCUUUACGACAGUCCCUCUCCGGACACGUCCAGCCCGCUGGACACAGUAGGGACCCUCAGUCCCCCCGUCAACUUCAACGGGAUUUUCUCGCUCAAGCACGAGGAGCCGGUGGAGCGUAGCUGUCACUACGGCCUCCGGUACUGCUCUAUCAGCCAGGGGCCCUCCGCAGAGAUCGGCCCCUAUGACAUCCACCUGCGAGGCCAGUUUUACCAGGUGCAGGAGGAAUUAAACAAACCUUUCCACAGUUAACGAGCCUCACACGGAGAUUUAACAGAUUUAAGUCUGUCAUCCUUCUGAUACCGACUACACUAUCAAUGUGGACUCUAUUUGAUGUUUUGCUGCGUCCCUCUGAUGAACGACAAUUCAUUGAUCAUCCACAGAGACAGGCCGAUGCGCGCGCGCCAGCGAUAAAUGGUUUGGAUGGAUAUGUUUUCGUUAAAGCUGGAGUGUUUAGACUGACAGAAGGCAGGGAACUAUGCAAUACACAGCAGACAC